AUGGAAAAAAAGUCAACCACAGAUGUUUUCAUGAGCAUCCCACCUGAAGAUGCGCUAGAGAUUGCACGCGGUAGGAAAACCAAUGUAUACCGCAGCUAUCCUCUCCCAGCCACCGUUCGCCGCAUCUGGUUCUACACCACUGCUCCACUGCAGUUCAUUGAGUAUGUGGUGUGUAUAUCACACAAUGAGGUUGAAUCAAACACAAACAACAAGCAAUCCACAUACAGUUACAAGAUUCGCCAAGUGUGGAUGUUGAAGCACCCUAUUUACCUGCAUCAGGCUAUCUCGCGCGGUAUACUGAAAGCUCCCCCGCGCAAGUACUGCUGGGCAACUGAGAGUUUCUUGGACAGCUGUCCUUUCUAUCGACAGUAUCCAGUGAGGGGUCCGAAGGAAAUCAUCUGGUAA